AUGGGGCUUCAGCUCGAUGCAGGCGCCUGGAGCAGGAGCUCAGGGAGCAGGCAGAGUGGCCUGGGAGCGCUGGUCACGGUGGCAACCCUGAAGGCCUCGGAGAGGGGCGGGCAAACACAGACCCAGUGCUUCCUCCUGCAGGCGAAGGGGCACAGUUACCUGUGCGCACCCGGAAGACGCAAGGCAGCUGCGCUUGGCCUGACCCCAGAUACGCCCACCGGUCUGAAGGUGGGGGACACAGAGACAGGGGAUGCCUCUGAAAAGCGCCACACCAGCGCGAAGGGAAGCGAACAAAGGGAGAGAGCAGCCACGGGGGUCUCGAGGGUCAAGCUGAAGUCUGUCCGAAAAUGGCGGACAUCCUGCGGGGCCGCUUCUCCCCCCGAGGAGCGAGCCCCCGGGGACUCCAAGGAGAACGAGCUUCCUGCGCUGGAGGGAAGCCAGGAAGAUAGGGCCGAGCGGGACCCCUGGACCUCACGACAGGAUGUACAGGCUAAACAAAGGGAGAACCAAAUCACAGACGCGUCGAGACCUGCCCCUAUGAAGAUCUGCGCGGAGUGCCGGGGCCUGAGAGAGGCACCCGCAAUAAGUCAGAAGAGAACAGAUCGGGAUCAAGAUGAGUUGAGUGGGGGUGUGGUGGAAAAAGAGGUGACCUCACUCGAGCCCGGCCCCUGUGUCUGUCGCCUGCCGCCAGACCUCGCUGACCCAGAUGGUGACCGGAGGAAGCCAAGUAUUGAAGACUUGCAGGGAGGAGUCCAGCCCAGAUCAUCCGCACAGAAGGUCAGCCGGUUUCAGGACCUGCUGGGGGACAAAAGCCCCCGCCUGGGUGCUGGCAGUGAAGGUGAGGCCACAGGAGCAGUGAGGAGCACAGCUGAUCUGGUGUCAGACCUCAUAGCGGACACCCACGAGUGUUGUGAGGAAAAUACUGAGUCUGGAGCAAUAGGGGACAAAAAUACAACUCUUGAUCAAGAUUCUCAAGGCUGCAGGACCAGUGGUAGAGCAGACAGUGUGUGGCAUGGGGGUGCUGAGGAGUCGCAGUCUGAGUGGGCCAGUGCUGACGUCCCAGUAGGGCACAGCUGUGAGGAGGACGCAUCAGCCCAGCCAGACUGCUGGCCCUGUACAGCAGACCAAUGGGAAGACCUUGCCAAAGGGGACUGCAGUACUCUUGUUGUGUCAGGCAGUGAUUGUACUAAGGUGGAGAAUCUAUGUAAUGGCAUCCCAGAAGAGAUCACAGGGAGAGAGCUGGAAAGAGUCCAGACUGUCAGUGUGGCAGAGGUGGCACCCCAUGGAGUGGACCACAAAGCCAUUACUGGGGAUCACCCUGCUGAGGAUAAGAGCGAUUCCUUAGAGCAUGAAACAGGGCCAGAACAGACUGAGGAGACCAGGCCUUUGGACAGCCACAGUGGCAAGGAGACAAGGAGCGGGGGCCUCCGCGGGGGUCCGAACGGGGCAGAGGAGCCAGGCACGACAGCCUCGGCGUCUGCCCCGAAUGAAGAGGGAGGCCGGAGGAGGGAGGCUGAUGACGAGGACCUGAUCUGGCAGCCUGGUAAUUCCCUCUCACGAGGCCCUGACUCUGAUGCUGCCUCCGCCGCUCACGCGCUGCGUAAUCCGGCCCCCCCGGGUGCCAUGGCAACGGCCCAUUCAGCCCAGGGCAGGCGGCAGUCUGGAGGAGGGACGCCUGCGUUGUUGGAGGAGCAGCAGCAGCAGCAGCAGCAGCAGGACUGGCGCGGGGGCAUGGUGGCCAGCGGCGAGGGGUGCCUUGACGUGCAGCAGGAAGGGGACGAUGACUUUGGGCUCUUUGUGCAGGCAGGGGAGCAGUCCUCCUGGGACGACGGCUUCACUGAUUUCCACCAAGUGCCUUGUGGGAAAAGCGAGAGUAUCGCACUUGCAGACUCAUUCAGCGAGAGUGAACCUGCUGUUUGGACGUCCAUUAGGCCAGAGAGCCCUUUCUACCAAUCGGGGAGCGUCUGGACUGCCUUCACAGAAGAUGGUGAUGUUGCACUCCACCCAGGACAGGAAGGGAGGCAGCAAACACAACCAGGUGGACAGUGGUGGCCCCAGAAAGCUGUGGAGGAGUUGAAGGAGACACUGCCCAUGGCUCUAGAUGUGCCCAGCGUGUUCCAGAAGGCCUUCCCUGUCGCGGCCCCGUCCUGUCCCGUCCCAAGUCAAGUCCCAACUCUGAGACAGCACCUGCAGGGCCUCUCAGGUGAUGGCACUGCUGCUGGAAAUAAUGGGAGGUUAUUGGACGGGCUCCAGGACGUGAACAAAAUGAUUGGUCUGAAGUGUAAGUGGGCGGAGUCCCACUCCCAGAAACUCCUCCUCCACUGUCUGCAUUUGGACACAUUCAACAAGGAUCAUGUGAUUGGCUUCAGACUGGCCAAUGACAGUCCCUCUCUGGGCCUCCCUUCAUUCAGCCAACAAACUCCCCCAAUGGAUAAUGGGAAGAUGAGGUUAUCUUAUGACAUGAACAAAAACGUCCUGGCAUAGCCUAGCCACCUGUCCCGACUCUCCAACGAAUUCUGCCUGCCCCUGCUACUGAACCCUCCCCCCUCCCCCCGCUUCGUCUGGGACGUGAUCCACUCUACAGGAAAGGAGGACCACAGGGUCUUGGGAGGUUCAGGACUCAAGACACCUGCUUUAGAGGGACUCUCCCUGCGGAGGACAGGACUCUGCCUGCUUUUCCAGCCCUUGAAACCCCGCUGUCCUACUUUUUCAAAGAAAAUGGAACUUUUUUGAGGACAGUAGAACACUAUAUCCUUCAAAAGCCAUGCAAGUGGUCUGAGUUGUGUCAGGUAUCUCAGCAGAAAUGGGACUACUUUGUGGCUUUCACCCCUCUGAGAAGCUGUGUAUGUGUGAGCAUCUUCGCUUGCUCCUGUACGCUUCAGAGAUGUAUGUUACUGAGGAGCUGUGGUGGACAUCUUUUCCUCUUCCAUACGCAGAUCCACACACACACACACACACACACACACACACACACACACGCCUCCCACAAUCAUGUGAUUUGUGAUUCGGCUAAAUAGAACAUUGAAAGGAUUCCGUUUGCAGUUACUUUUUUUUUCACCCAACUCUGAACAACUUUGAAGGAGCACAGGGUUAGUCUGAUAAAGCCCCUUGACAACAAGGAGUUGCUGCAUAGCUUUCUUGAUUUUUGACACACCAUUUUGUAGUAGCAUUGAUGAUGUUUGUGUGAGUGGCCAAUCUGGCACAUUGGGUCCCUUUGCAAUCACGUGCUUGUGUGGAGGCUUUUCCUAUGAGAACUUGUAUCAAAAGGAGACUUAUUUGAAAUAUUUAUGUCUCUGUAAGACCACAUUUACUUUUACAUCUAGAAAAUCUCACCCGAAGAAUAAGUCUGUAUUAGAUCAAUACAGACCAUGAAUUUACAGCCCUGGUCAUAUAGGGCCACAUGUGUCUCUAUCACUAUUUGAUUCAGACACAUUCAAGCAGAGAGGACAGCGAGUGACCCGACCCCAGCCUACUUCAGAGCUUUAUGCAGAGCAAUUUAGAAAGAGAUUAUGCUGACAAAAGCACAGCUCUUUUGCGGUCAAUUGAAGCCUGUGUAAGUCUCACAAUAGUGCCGCUGUUUUCUCGAGGUGAAGAGCUUUGAACUAAUUGAUGCUGAGUGUACCAUGAGCUGGAAAGUUUCCCAAACAUAAAGAAUCUCUACUGAAUCUUUGUUACUCAUUUGAUUGAGCCAAUUUAACCUCUCCUUGUACUUCUGAGUUUAUUUGUGAUUUAAAGCCAGCUGAUAAAACCCAUUGAUUAAAAUCCACUGAUAGAAGCCCUCUAAGCCAGUACUUGGGUACCCCCCUGCAGAUCUUAUACUUUAUCAGUCUUCAGCGUAGUUUACUUGAUGGUUCCUUUUUCGUGUUUGAAUUCCCAAAAUGCAACUGAAGUGAUAUGCCAACUGCAGAUUGAAAUGCAAAAUGUA